AUGAUGAAGCUUUCACUGCUGCUAGGUCUAGUAAGCUUCAGUGCAGUGCUUGCAAGCGAGAACAGAAGGGGGAAUUGCCAGAUGUGCCCUGAAGGUACCAGAUACUUCGAAAAAAACAAUCUUCUUGGAAGGAGGUUCAAGAACGAUGUGAGAAAGCUCUGCGGUGACGGAAUGAGCAGUGAUGUCCAUGAUGAAUCUUCAUCUCACUCCUCUUCCUCUUCUGACUGCAAACCAAGAAGAAGGAGACACCAUAGAAGAUACGAGGAUAGCUGCUCAUUUGGUUCUUCAGACUGCGAUGAUUCAAGCACCUAUUCAUCGUGUGUCUCCUCGGAAUGCAGUCCCCCAUGCCGACCCGUGCCUCUGAACUGCGACUAUGAGCUGAAGACACCUAUUAUCAACAUGGGAGAAAGGAUAUUUGAGUUCCUUAAGAACUACGAGGAUCAGUACAAGAAGGCCGUCGUUCUUUUCCUGACCAGGAUUCUCUCUCAGAUUGAUGGAUUUGCUCCCUCUUACCCAAGUGCAGAUUACGAGCCCCUGAUCGAACAGCUUGAGACGCUCGGGGUUACUGUUCCGUCCAACAUGGCAGCUGAUCUCGCAGCCCUGGAUGCUGCUGAGGCGACCUCACUUGCAGGAACUAUCAGAGCUAAUGCACAGAAGGUGAUAGGCGACCUACUCGCCAGAGUCAACACAAUGUGCUAUCUGGAUCUCAUGAGCCUCGUCACUAGCGGACUCUUUGCCAGCCAGGUCACAAGUGCAUUCAGUAAUACACAGCCAAUAAUUACCAUCGCAGGAAAUGAUCUGUUUACCAAGCAGAUGGCCGUGUUCCAGAGAUUACCAGGGACUCUACCCUCUGCAGCUAUUACUGCCAUCACUAAUGCUCUUCAAGCAAACAAGAACAAUUUCGUUACAUUCUUCACAACUCAAACGACCAACCUACAGACUGAUGUUCAAAAUGCUCUUACAGCACUGAUUACGGCGCUUACAACACUGACAAGUACCACAUCAACAGAAUUCACACAGUUUGCAAACUCUGAAAUUGGAGCACUUACAGGGAGAAUCUUUGGAUCAAGCGGAAGCGGAUCAGGCGGGUCAUCUGGUGGAUCAAGUGGAAGCGGAUCAGAUGGAAGCGGAUCAGGCGGGUCAUCUGGUGGAUCAAGUGGAAGCGGAUCAGAUGGAAGCGGAUCAGGCGGGUCAUCUGGUGGAUCAAGUGGAAGCGGAUCAGAUGGAAGCGGAUCAGGCGGGUCAUCUGGUGGAUCAAGUGGAAGCGGAUCAGAUGGAAGCGGAUCAGGCGGGUCAUCUGGUGGAUCAAGCGGAAGCGGAUCAGGAGGUGAAUCUGGUGGAUCUUCUUCAUAA